UUUUUUAAUUUGCGUGGAAAUGCAUAUCGUCGUAAUCAUGAUUUGCUCCUAUUCUCGGACGUACAACCGUAACGCGGAUAAGCGAUGCACCAAGAAAAACAACGUCAUCGACGUGUAUCACAAAGAUGUUUUCAGUUUUGUUGAUGAUCAAAAUGGUUUAUUUUGUAGGCACACUCGGUGUUUCCUCACGAUGUAGACUCGCGAUAUUUAAGCUAGAUAAUGAAAGCAAUUAGCAUCUGUAGGAGGAAAAAUUUAAAGAGACAGAUUAAUGAAUAUAAGUGUUAUUGUGUGAGUUAAAUGCUUCAAUCAUGACAAGUAACGUAGCAACCAUAAAAUUGGAAGAGGGACAAGAAUCUGUCACAGAGAUACAAACUUACUUAGAAACAUUUAAUAAAGAAAUAGAGGGAGGGCAAGGAGAACAAUUGCAUGUGCAAUUACAACAAGUGGAGGGAUUAUCUGGUGGAGAAGAGGGUGGGACAUACUUUGUUGAUCAAUCUGGUCAAUAUUACUACCAGGCAAAUAGCGAUGAACCGCCUGUGAUGACACAAGUGCAAAUACAAGAAGUAGAAGAAACCGAUGUACAAAAUGAAGGGGAAGCAACUCAAGAUGAACAAUAUCAUGAAAUUGAAGAGCUUGAAAAUGCUGAGGGUGAUGAAGAUGGACAAGUUGCCACUAAUGAAAACAAUCAAGUUGUAAUUAAUUCUGGUGAUGCAUAUCAAACUGUCACGAUUGUACCAUCUGACACAAAUCCUGGAGAAGUUAGUUAUGUUCUGAUAGUUCAGCAACCUGAAUCCGAAGAAAAAGAAAGUAAACCUGCAGAAAAUGAAACAAUAGCAGCAACAGGGACAGCAGCAGCAGCAGAGGGAGAGGAGGCAGAAGGUGAACAAGAUCUCACUGUAUAUGACUUUGAGGACAAUGAAGACAAUGAAGCUCCAGUGGAAUCUGAGGCGGAAGAUGAUAAGACUAAAAUCGUUAAAUUUCUUCCUAAAAAAUCUCAAACUGUAACGCAGGCCCAUAUGUGUAACUACUGCAACUACACCAGCCCAAAACGGUAUCUCUUAUCACGGCAUAUGAAAUCCCACUCAGAAGAAAGACCGCAUAAAUGUAGCGUUUGUGAGAGAGGAUUUAAAACUUUGGCUUCGCUUCAGAAUCAUGUGAAUACUCAUACUGGGACCAAGCCUCAUCAUUGCAAAUUUUGUGAGAGUGCAUUUACGACUUCUGGUGAACUUGUAAGACAUGUUCGGUACAGACAUACCCAUGAAAAACCGCACAAAUGUCACGAGUGCGAUUAUGCAUCUGUUGAGCUGUCAAAACUGAAGAGACAUAUUAGAUGUCACACAGGCGAACGACCUUAUCAGUGUCCACACUGUACAUAUGCAAGUCCAGAUACAUUUAAACUGAAACGGCAUCUUCGCAUUCACACUGGAGAAAAACCAUACGAAUGUGAUUUUUGUCAAGCAAGAUUUACUCAGUCUAACAGUUUAAAAGCACAUAAAUUAAUACAUAAUGUAGGCGAUAAACCAGUAUUUCAGUGCGAAUUAUGUCCAGCUACAUGUGGCAGAAAAACGGAUCUCAGGAUCCAUGUGCAAAAAUUACAUACUUCUGAUAAACCUUUAAAAUGUAAACGUUGUGGAAAAACAUUCCCGGAUAGAUAUAGUUAUAAGUUGCAUAGCAAAACUCAUGAAGGAGAGAAAUGUUACAAGUGCGAUUUAUGUCCAUACGCGUCUAUAUCGGCGCGUCAUUUGGAGAGUCACAUGCUCAUUCAUACCGAUCAAAAGCCAUACCAAUGUGAUCAUUGCUUUCAAUCAUUUAGGCAAAAACAGUUACUCAAACGGCACUGCAAUCUCUAUCAUAAUCCUUCCUAUGUUCCUCCACCACCGCAAGAAAAAACGCAUCAAUGUCCCGAAUGCGAAAGAGCAUUUAGACAUAAAGGUAAUCUUAUCCGACAUAUGGCUGUUCAUGACCCGGAAUCAUCUUUACAAGAGAAACAACAGGCUUUGAAAAUUGGCAGGCAGAAAAAAAUACAAAUCAUUGAUGGUCAACGUGUUGAAGUAAUGACAGGUGAUUUAGCUUCUAAACUUAAAGGUUAUGAAGAUGAAGAAGAGGAAGAAGAUGAAGACGACAUGAUGGCAGUCCAAGGCACUGAUGGUCAACAAUAUGUUGUACUUGAAGUCAUCCAAUUAGCUGACAAUCAAGGAACUGAUCAGAUGGCUGUAGUCGCAAAUGAAGAUGGAGAGCUAGUAAUGCAAGAUCCUUUAAGUCAAGAAAGUGGUAUAGUAGCAGAAACGGGAGAAGAAGUUGAUGGAGUAGAAGAUGAUAUAGAAAUGCAGGAUUUAAAGAUAGAAUCCAUUGCCUCCAGUCCACCUAAACCUUCAACACAGAACACACAAAGUGAUCCAAAGUUGCAAAAGGAAAUGGAAACUUGUUUUGGCUUUGAUGAAGAAGAAGAUGAAGAAGAAGAAGAAAGCAGUAAUAUAAACAUGUUACAGACAAUUUCAACACAAUAAUAACAAAUAUACGAAGAAGAAUGUACCUAUUUAAUAGUCCAAUGUUUUACUUUUGUCCCAGUGUUAGUGUACGUACCCUCCCAAAAAAUCAUUAAAAAAUCGAAAAAAUUAUAUAUACUGUGUACAGAAAAAAACUGUGUGAGUGCAGUGUAUUAUCAUUUAAAAAUAUCCACAAAUAGGGGAAACAGUCUAAUUGAGUGCGGUAAUCAAAACGCAAUUUUUUUCUUUUCCAAUGUGCUUUAUUAAUUCUUUAGAGUUAUACAGUUUGGUCUUUUAAUUAAACCAUCAUCAGCAUCUGUUAAAUAAUACAUAAAAAAAAUACAUUAAAGUAAUAUGUGUAAAACAGUAACACAUAAAUUAUAAAAAUGAAAAUCACAAAUAAAAAUUACAUACAUAAAAAAAUAAAUUAAAGAAUGCAAAUGUCCUUCUGUGACUUCCGCAACCUCUACGACAGAUAAGUACACACAAUACGCUUUCCUCCGAUUUCAACCGUUAAAAAAGGAAAUGCACGGCAGUAGUUGUUUGGAAGCAAUCGGCCAACCGUGUUUUUGAAAGUCUACCUGCCUGUUCGACAUAUAAAGCAUCGUAAUUUUUGUAGGGAAUCUUAUACAUUGCUGCGCAGCUCAUUUGGUAGUAUCUUUAUGUACAGGGAAAAUAAUUCGUCGUAAUUUAUUCCAUUGUACAACUUGUGUCUAAAUCAUAGAUCACAGGCUUGAAAUGUUCUGAGAAUGUACGGGAUAUUAAAAUAUGAAAGAUAUUCAAUUUUUUCAUUGCUAUUCGAGUUAGAUAUAUUCAAAUUUACAUUCUUCUUAUAUAUUUCCAAUAGUGUUUUUAGAUGCUCUUGUAAUAUUUGAAAUAUGAACGAGAGCAAGCAAAUAUCCAUUAUUUAACAAAAUAUUAAUUACAAAUUCAAGAUUUUUUUUGUAAAAUCUCGGGUGAGAAGUGGAAAACUCUGUCAAUUAGGCUGAUAACGAUGUUUUUUUUUUUGGCAGAGAGAAUAUCGAGACUCAAAGUGUAAGUAUCUUCUAAAAUAGGUGAAACCACAGUCAAAGUUUAAUUGUAUAAAAUUAUCUUUUGAAAUCAUUGUGACAUCGAGAAAAUUUACUUGGUCAUUGGUUUUUUCCUCCAUCGUGAAUUGUGAUCUUGCGUGGAAUGAACUAAAUGUUUUUAAAACAACUUUGAGAAAGAGAACAUCGAAGAAGAAACCGCCAAUAUAAUAAAUGAUUGUUCGAACAUUGUACAAUGCUUUUAAACAACCACUGCCAUAUAUUUCCUUCCUUAAUGACUGGAACUGGAGGGAGGCACAUUGUGCUUGUUUGUCGUAGAAAUUGCUGAAGAUGCAAAAGAGCGUUUCUUUAAUUUAAUUUAUAUGUAAUUUUAUAUUUGUGAAUUUUCAUUUUUAUAGUUUACACUUUACUGUUUUAUAUAUUAUUUUUAUGUAUUUUUUAUGUAUUAUUUGACAACUGCUGAUAAUGAUCCAAUUAAGAGACCAAAACAUACGACUUUGAACAAUUAAUAAAUCACAUUGGAAAGAAAAAGAAUUUGCGUUUCGAUUACGACGCCUGGCUUUCAAUUAGUCCAUUUCCCCUGUUUGUAGAUAUUCAAUAUCAGAAUCUUCAACUUCGUUUUUCAUCUAAAAAUACUUUGCAUAUCUCUAAUAGGGAGCUGCAGUGUGAUUCACAUGCAUGGUACAAGAACUUCUUUUGCCAUUAGUGCAUUAGGUACAUAAUAAUUUAUAAAAAUAUUAUAGUUUUGUGGUUUAGUAAAAUAUCAAGCAAAUGUACAAUUAUAAAUUUCUUAAAAAUAAUAUUAAGAAUAUUAGGUAAGAUUGCAUAUAUUAAUAAUAAGGAAAAGUAGUAUAGGAUAUCUUGGCAUAAUAUUUUCAAGUUUAUUUGUAAUUAUGGUAUAGAAGCUCAUCACACACACGACUUUCACUAAAUGGAUGGAACGAAUAUUAAUUCUGUCAAAAACAGCUCGGGAAGAUGAAAAUAACAAAAAUAAUAUGAGGCUGUAAUGUGUAAAUAAAUGCUUAUUGUCAUAUUUCGAAUUAGAUAUCAUUUUAAUGUUUCAAAUACGAAAUAUUAAGAAGGAAGUAAUUUAAAAAUUGUAUCAAAAAUAUUUUAUAUUAUCUAUUUAUAUAUAAUCAUCUUUUCUUAUGUUAAAAAUUGGAAAAUAAGUAGAGAAAAUUAAAUAAGUUAAUAUAUAUUGGUUUCAUGGGGGAGAUUGAUGCAUAUUAUACGUAAAAAGAAUAUAACAUUUUAUUAGAGAAAAGAUAAGAGUUUUUGUUAAAAAAGAAGAAGCAAUAUAUACAUUAUUUUUUUAACAAAAAUAUUUGUUUUGUUUGCCAUUCGUUAAUUAGACAUCAAUAAUUCGUGCAUAACAAUUUUUGGCGAACUUCUAUGUGUAUUAUUUAUAUCAUUUUAUAUAUAUAUAACAUAGCGAAUUAAACAUGUUUUAUAGGAAGAAAUAAAUAUUGCAGAUUUACUGUUAGAUUCGUGCUCUAUGUAUAUUAUAAAAUUGUCGCGAGUUUAUUCACAUCUUGUAUUUAAAUAGCCUUUAAUACACAUAUAUAACUGUUUAAUAAUCAUAACCUCGCACGUAGUGUUUCCAAUUUAAUUUAGGGGCAUGAUAAUUUCCGAUAAAAUAAUUAAAAACAAGAGCACAUACAUAUUAAUAAGCGAUUUCGAUUUGAUUUUAGGAGAAAUAGUGUAUAACAAAACAAUCGUUGAAACGAUGGAUUUCUUUUUAUGAAAAGCAAAUUUAUAAGCUCAUGCCUUUUUAUCACUGGAAACAUUACACUUUUCCAAUAAAACAUUAUACAUUUAACAUUACAAUAAAAUCGAUAACUUUUUAACAUUUUCUUGUUAAUAAAGCGAUACAAAAUAUAUAUCUUUAUGAAUAUGUCAGAAUGAAAAACAAUGUGUAAUUUAAAUACUCGUACAAUGUUGCUCAUGAAAGAAAUUAUUUCGCUUACCUUUUGUAAGAUUCGAGGUAACGAAAUAAACCUUGUAAAAAAUAUGUAUAAUUUUUUUUUACAUACAAAUUGUACAAUUGUAAUUUAGUGAUUAAUUACUAUAUGCUGUCUAAAAUUCUGCACUUUCUUACAUUAUCCCAAAGAAUAAAAGCGGUGUAACAUUUUCUCGAUAAA